AGUAUAAAACACACACACACACAGAGAACGAGUGCGUUGAAGUUCACUUGAAGACCAACAACGGAGGAGAAGAAGAAACAUGUGGAAUUAGAAAAGCGGAGUGGAAUAAGAACAGGAGCAGGCUUGCAUAAAGGUGCACACGGGGAAGUAAGUGUUUACCUUUUUAUCGGAUCCUGGUGCCAAACAUCACAGAAGACGGGAGGUUCAAAGUGUGAAAAUGGCAGCCAGGCUGUUCCUUGUCGCCCUGGGACUCAUUCCGGCUUCAGUUUUUUCAGUUCAAGGACUAUGGAGGACUGACAUCAAAGAUCCGGACCCUUCUGUGCACUACUCUGAAGACAACUACGAGUGGACCACAUGGUUCAACGUGGACCAUCCAGGCGGCCGUGGGGAUUAUGAGCAACUGGAAGCCAUUCGCUUCUACUACCGCGCCCGAGUGUGUGGGACCCCGCGAGCUCUGGAGGCCAGAACCACCGACUGGGUCCCAGCGCGAGAAACUGGAGAGAAGGUCCAUGCGGACCCCACUGUGGGAUUCUGGUGUCUCAAUGAAGAACAAGGUCCAGAUCGAAAUUGUUCCAACUAUGCAGUACGAUUCCUUUGUCCCAAAGGUAUCGACCUGAACUUUCAGGAAACCUGGAGUCCAUGGUCAGACUGGAGUCCAUGUUCUGCUCUCUGUGGUCAAUUGGGAGUCCAAAUUCGCUCCAGGAGCUGCAGUUCUGAUCCAACUCUUUGCGCCGGCCCAACGGUAGAGAGAAAGGAAUGUCACGGACAGGAAUGUCCGACAGAAUGCACCCUUCAGUGUCUGAUGGGUAGGGUCAACGCAGAGUGUGACGCGUGCAUGUGCGAAGACCACAUCCUGUUGGGCUCGGCCCGCGGCGCCGGCGGUCUCAUUGCCGAGGGGGCGGCGAUACUUGUCUCCAACAAACUCCUCACCCUCACAGACCAUAACGGACAUUUCCGUAUCCCCGGACUCUGCCCCGACGGCAACACCACAUUGACGAUUCGACUGCAGGGCCAUGCCAACCUCAACGUUGUCGUUCCGAAGAACACCGAGCGUACCUCGGUUAUUAGCGUUCAGCUGAAACGAGCAGAGAAGCUUCAUGUCUUGAGCAACCCUGAUACCAAAGCCAGAAGGGAGGGUCAAACCGCCGCCUUCUGUUGCAGUGUGUCCGGAGUACCGCAACCGGACAAGUAUCAAUGGUUCCAUAACGACAGUCUCUUAGAGAAACAUUCGGAGAGAACCUUGGUUCUAAAGGAUCUGCACCCCGAACAAGCUGGCGAGUACUACUGCAGGGCAAGCGGUCCAUCCGGGGCCAUUAAGACCAAAGCGGCUACUCUUAAAAUUAUCGGCAGAAAUAGCCACUCCUGCGACCCCAGGCCUGAUUCCCAGUUGAUACGUCUUCCGCACGACUGCUACCAAAACAGUACAGAGUCAUUUUACUACGAUGUGGGUAAAUGUACUUCCGGUACAUGCGCCGGCCGAUUGGAUAGCGGUAUCAGAUGCAAAGAUAAAGUAGCAUACUGUUGUGGCGUAGCAAAGAUGGAGGAGACGCAUCUAACGUGUCAGGGGUACCGAUUACCCGUAAAGGUGGUUACCGAAUGCGGAUGUCAGAAAUGCGUCGACACGAAAGCUAUAGUGCACGGUCGAGCCGUCGCGGCAGAUAAUAGCGAACCGAUGAGAUUCGGACACGUUUUUAUGAACGGCGUAAGAAUCGGUCGUACGGGGUACAAAGGUACUUUCACCAUCCACGUUCCUCCUGAAACCGAAAGGUUGGUUCUGACGUUUGUGGACAACAUGAGUAAAUUCAUCAACACUACUAAGGUACUUCCGUUCAACUCCAAAGGAGGUGCCGUUUACCAUGAAAUCAAACUUCUGAGAAAGAAAACCCCGGUGACGAUUAGCGCCUCGGAAAGCAACACUCUUGACCUCGGCGAGGUAGAAGGUCUGGAACCGAUGGCUCAUAUUCAGAUUCCGCCCAAUUCGUUCUAUAAACCCAACGGGGAAGUGUUCACAGGAAACGUUAACGCUAGCGUAACAUUUCUGGACCCUAGAGAUGUUUCUACAGCAGCUGCAGCCCAAAGUGAUCUUAACUUCAUCGGGAAUGACGGAGAUACACUUCCGCUUAGAACCUACGGAAUGUUCUCGGUCGACUUCCGCGACGGAGAAACCAAUGAACCUCUGAAUGCGGGUGAAGUCAAAGUCCUGCUGGAUUCUACGCAAGUGACAAUGCAUGAACAUCGCCGUGCCAUGAAGUUGUGGUCUCUCAACCCGGAUACCGGUCUUUGGGAGGAAGAGGGAACUUUAGAGUUUGAGAAGAAACCGAGAACCAAACGGGAAGAGAGAACAUUUCUGAUCGGUAACAUGGAGAUCAGAGAGAGGCGUCUUUUUAACUUGGACGUUCCGGAGAACCGGAGAUGUUACGUGAAAGUGAGGGCAUUCCGAAGCGAACGUUUUAUGCCCAGCGAACAAGUCGAGGGAGUCGUAGUGAGCCUUAUAAAUAUGGAACCCACUGCCGGGUACUCCACGAACCCUCGCGCCUGGGGACGUUUUGACAGCGUCAUUACCGGUCCCAACGGCGCUUGUCUUCCCGCGUUCUGCGACGAGUUAAAGACUGACGCUUAUUCCGCAUUUGUUACGGCUAACCUCGGCGGCGAAGAACUGGAAGCCGUGGCUUCGGCGCCGAAACUUAAUCCUAAUCUAAUCGGAGUGCCUCAGCCUUAUUUGGGGAAACUGAACUACAAACGCACGGAUCACGAAAACCCCAAACUGAAGAAAACUGCGUUCAGUAUCAACUUAGCGAAACCGAGUCCAAACGCAGCCGAGGAAUCGAACGGACCGGUGUAUUCGUUUGAGAACUUGAAAGAAUGCGAGGAAUCGCCGUUCAGCGCGGCGCAUUUCCGUUUCUCGCGAGUGGAAGGCGAUCGUUACGACUAUAACACGGUACCGUUCAACGAGGACGAUCCGAUGAGCUGGACCGAAGACUAUCUGAGUUGGUGGCCCAAACCCAUGGAAUACCGAGCCUGUUACGUGAAAGUCAAAAUGAACAGCCCGCACGAGAUUAACGUUCGAUCUCACAACAUGGGCGGUACUCACCCGAAAACGGUGGGUCAGCUGUACGGACUUCGAGACGUCCGUAGCAUCCGCGACAUGGACCACACGGCGUUGUCGGCGGUGUGCCUGGAAUUCAAAUGCAGCGGAAUGUUGUACGAUCAGCAACGUGUCGAUCGGACGCUAGUCAAGGUGGUUCCGCAGGGUAGCUGCAAAAGAGAUCACGUUAAUCCGCUUCUUCAGGAGUACCUGGUGAACCAUUUGCCGUUAGCCGUCAACAACGACACAAAUCAGUUCACGAUGCUUGCGCCUCUCGAUCCGCUCGGGCACAACUACGGGAUUUACACGGUAACUGAUCAGGAUCCCCGCGCGGCUAAGGAAAUCGCACUCGGGCGAUGUUUCGACGGCACAUCGGACGGUACUUCUCGAGUUAUGAAGAGCAACGAGGGCGUAGCGUUGACGUUCACUUGCGGCGAUCGGGAAGUGACACGACAGAGUGUAUUCCAGGCGCUACAGAGUUCUCAAGGUCGGAUAAGCGGCGGCGUGACGAGAGGGGACGACAGGCAAAAUAGACGUCGGCAAAGAGCCAACGCGUCCCGGAAUAGUCGGAGACGGAGCACCAGAGAUCCUCAAGGAAGAGGAACCAAAGCCAGAAGCUAAAUAUACAUCACAAAGCGAUAAUUAUGAAUAUUAACCAAAUAUCAUUUAGUACUAAAAUAACACAAUACAUCAACUGAAGCCUAUUUCUGUACUAUGCCAUGAUGGUCAUCCUUACACGUGUACUGUAGCAUUUACUUGAAAAUGUAAAUAUUAUAUUUAUUACUAUUAAAAUUGUUGCAGGAUAAUGACAUCGCUGUAUUUCACUAAUGUGAAUUAAAAAACGUGAUUUCUCGUUCGUGAAGAAAAUCACGGGCAAUAUGGAUGAUAAU